AUGACUAAAUCAGAUCGCAUUCUCGAGGGAAAGUUCGCCAUCAUCACUGGCGGAUCGCGGGGAAUCGGUGAAGCCAUUGCCCGCAAUCUCGCCUCGAAGGGCGCCUCCCUCCUUCUCAAUUUCACAUCCGAGUCCUCUCGCGCUCCCACAAAUGAGCUGUGUACCUCUCUAGCCACCGCCCACAACAUCCAAUGCGAAAGCGUCCAAGCCGAUCUUAACAAGCCCGAUGAAGCGGUGAAAGCCAUCCUCAGCGCUGCGCAAGAGAAGUUCAGCCCCUCCGGGAAGCUGCAGAUCGACAUCCUCGUCAAUAAUGCCGGCGUUUCCGCUGACCGAGACCUGAACGAUGCGGCCAAGGGACCCAUUGACGCGGACUUAUUCAACUGGCACUACACAAUUAAUGUCCUCGCUCCAUUGCUACUCACCCAAGCGGUUGCGCCGUUCCUACCCAACGACCGCAGCGGUCGCAUUGUCAAUAUUUCCAGUGUAUCUUCCGCAAUGGGAUUCGUGGGUCAGUCAAUCUACGGUGGAACCAAAGCUGCGCUGGAAGCUAUGACACGGACAUGGGCGCGUGAGUUAGCUGAUCGUGCGACGGUUAAUGCGGUGAACCCUGGUCCUGUUAUUGGUGAUAUGUAUUUCUUGGCUGGCGAGGCCUUCUGGAAGGAUAUUCAAGGUUUCCAGGAUAACACCCCUGGAAGCAAAUUGGAUGUCAGUGACCCGGAUACUAUGGGGAGAAUUUCAGAGGAGCAGGCUCGUCUUAUUCAGGAAAAGAUGGGUGGUCGGAGACCGGGUUUUACUAGCGAAGUUGCUGGUACGGUGUGUAUGUUGUGCACUCCUGAUGGACAGUGGACCACUGGAAGUGUGGUUUCUGCUAAUGGAGGCAUGAGGAUGACUGUGUAA